GUCCCGCUCUGCGCCGCGGGGUCCGGCCGCCGCCGCCGCCGCUGCAGCCCCGCGGGGGCGAGAGGGAGCGGCGGCGAACGCAGGCAGACGGGCCCGGGGGUGCAGCUCACCUGGCGUGUGUGUCCCCCCUGCACCUCCGGCGGUCGGCCCGGCCACGCCUGUGUGCCGGAGGAUACGCACACCUCACCUGGGCUCUCCUGAACUUUGCAGCGGGCUAACUGGGAGCAAACACUCUUAGCAGCCUUGCUGAGGAGGCUGUCUGUGAGCCAGGAGGAAGAGGAGAAGGGGUAAAAUGAAGGAGUAGUGGUCAGUGUUGGGCUGUGGUGCCUGGGAAGAGGGAUGCUGGACAGGAGAAACUUCCUCCCCUAAGGCAAAGGAGGUAGGAGGUCACAGCUUGGGUUUCUGCAGAAAUUGGGCAGUGCUGUGGGCUGGCCUAGAUCUCUGAUGGGAAUGUCCUGCCAACACAGCAGUUACUCACGCCAUGGUAUGUUUGGAUGACCUGCUUGUUGUCUUUCUGUUGAACUUGCUCAGCAGAUGUUGAUCAUAUUGAUGUCUUUCCUGUGGCCCAAACCUGGACAUGGAAGUCUUAGAUAUGGUCUAAGAUACUUGGGUUUGGCUCAUCCUACCCCCCCAAACAUGUGAUUUGACAAGUCUUUCAACAAGUUGUAGUUGAGAAAUUUCAACAACCUGGCCAGCUGAUGCAGGAAGAUGUGAAUUCCUUAGGAGCUGGAUGUGAAGAAGUACGGAUGAGGAAUACCUUUUCACCUUUGAGGUGUUACUCACUCCUCCAUGUUGUUAGUCCUACAGAAUUUUCACCACGUGCUGAAAGAGCAAUCUAUUGUGAGGAUCCUAGUGAGUUUGUCACAGGCAACUGAAGGAUGUUAUUGCAGAAAUGACAAAGGAAAAUGUUUCUGUGUUGUAACUUGUUCUGUCAGUCUUCUGCAAGCUGCUGUUCUCACGUUUACCUCUCUGGGUUGGGUUUCUGAAGACAAUUGUUUUAUUCUACCGAGUAGAACGCACUGAAAGGAAAUGUAGCAUAAGAAAGUGUGAUACUUUUAAGUUAAAUAUUAACCAGAUUCAAACAAGCUCAAGAGCAUUUCAAGUGUGGUUAACUUGUUGGGCGGUUGAACAAGAACGAACUCAAGCAGUGAAGAACAGGCAUGGGGAUACUCUACUCAGAGCCCAUUUGUCAGGCAGCUUAUAACAACGAUUUCAAUAAAGUUCAGUUCCUUUUGGAGCGCAACUGCAACUAUCUGAAUAUCCAGGACAGCUUCAGUGGAGACACCCCCUUAAUUUGUGCAUGUAAAAAGGGAAACAACAGGAUAGUUAGCUAUCUUCUAAGAAGACAUGCUGAUGUCAACCUCAGAAAUAAGAAGGACCGCACUUGCCUGCAUUAUGCUGUGAGAAAACGGUUUACCUUCCUUGACUAUGUGCUCAUCAUAAUCCUCAUGCCAGUUAUGCUUAUUGGAUAUCUUCUUAUGGUCUCAAAGACUAAACAGAAUGAAAACCUGAUCAAGAUGUUGCUCAGAGCUGGAGCUGAUGUGAAUGCUACAGACUCUUCUAGUAACACAGCCCUUCACUAUGCUUGUGAAAUGAAAAAUCAGGAAGUCAUUCCUCUACUGCUUGAAGCUCAUGCAGACACUUCUGUAAAGAAUCAGGAUGGGGAGACUCCCUUAGAUAUAGCAAGAAGACUGCAGUUCCACAACAUUGAAAGCAUGCUAAGAAAAGCUUCCUAGUCAUCAAGGACUCUCAAACAUGCAGAAAAUUACCUCAUCUGACAAUGCAUCUUGCAUAACAGCAAACGUCCAACAGAGGGUGAAGGCUGUUACUUGAUAAAAACUUGGUCCACAUCCACCCAUUCCUUGCUGUAGACUUUGACAACUUUGUGUGAGACUUGUCAGUACCCCCAAGGCCAUGUGUGGAGUGAAAGGAGUUAAUUUGAUUUUACUGAGCCAUGAAUGAUUGCAAUAGUGGUCAAAAUAUUGCCCUUCCCAUCUGCUUCAUCAGUCUUAUUUCUUGACUUCUGUAGUCUGUGGAUUUUGAAAGCUAGCUAUAAAAUAUCUGGAAGCCUAAAUAUUGCAUAUGGUUGGCAGCCAAUGCAAAAAUAAAAUAUCCUUUAGAGUGCACAUUACUUGUUCUAUAGGGGAACUAAAUAAUAUGCUACAGCAGUUGUACAAAGUCUGGUACCCUUCCUCUUAGUAUUUCUCUUCCCACAAUGGGAGUGACUGGGAAAAUAGGUCUCUCAACUGAGCACUUUUUCCUUCCAUCCUUCCUACAGACACCUUAAUUCUCACUAUGUUGCUACAAGGGUAGGAUUAUCUUCUCUCUUUUUUUUUUUUUUUUCAUAUAAGACACAGCAAAAAGGGAUUCAAUGGCUUGCUGGAGACCAUAAAGAAAGCAAAUUCCCAGAUCACUUUAAUGCAUUAAGAAAUAAUAAUGAAAAUAUGUUUGGCAUCGUAGAGAAACAGGUCUCUUGACUACCUUUCCAAUAUAAACAGUGUACUAAAGAAAAAAAAAUCAAUAAAUGAAAUGCUGUUGACGAGAACCAGAUGAAUCCUUCCCAUGGGACUGGACAGGAUAGUAUGCUUUUCAGAGUGGUGCAUGUAGCAGGGGAUAAUACCAAUAAUAAUAAUAAUAAUAUAUCCAUGAAUCUUAUCUUGCAUAGGUAAAAGCAGAGGAAAACCCGCAUUUGUAAGCAAUGUAUUAAAGUGUCCUGCUGCUUUGUGAUUUAAUAAUGCAGCAAUAAAAGGGAAUCUCCUUUGGAA